AUGUCUUCCAUCAUCCGCAACAUUCUCGCGCUCAGCGCUGUCGCCGCCGUCGCUGUCGCUCAAGACCCGGCCCCCAAGCUCGACGCUCCCUGCGCCGAUGCCGUCAUCUUCAUGGCCCGCGGUAACAAUGCGCCGUACCACGAUUGGCGUACAUUCCCCUUCGCCGACGCUACAUGCGCCAAACUAAGGGCUGAGGGCAAGACCUGCGACUACAUUGAGGUUGUGUUCCCCAAGGGCGGCGACUACUGCCCACAGAUUGAGCAGGGAGUCCGCAACGGUAUCGCCCAGAUCACUGCCUUCAACAAGAAGUGCCCUUGCACGCACCUCAUCCUCAAUGGCUACUCCCAGGGUGCCUGGAUCAUGGGAGACGUUCUUGCUGGACCUGGUGGAUGCUCCCAAUUCACCACUGGUCUAGACCCUACCUCGGCUCCUGGUAAUGCUAUUGCUGCUGCUCUCCUCUGGGGCGAUGUCAUGCAUGUGGCUAACCAGCCAUACAACGUUCUUGACGGCUCUGGUCUACAAAAGGACGGUCGCCACGGCUCCUCUCUUGCACGCCUGAACAAAUACGCAUCCGUCCUGCGCUCUUACUGCUCUAAGGGAGACCCCAUCUGCGCAAACGGCGACGACGUCUCGAAGCACUUGAGCUACUUUGAGAAGUACACCGACGACGCCUCGACCUGGGCCGUUGGAAAGGUCAAUGCCGCCGCCCCUCUAUGUGCCGCUCCCACACCUACGCCCAGCGCUUCUUCUACUCCCGAAGCCUCGUCUGUUGGCGUUGCCGCUAUUUCAACUUCAAGCGCUGCUGCUUCCUCUGGCUCUGCUGCUGCUUCUGGCUCUGCUGCUUCUGGUUCUGCUGCUCCCUCUGGCUCUGCUGCUUCCUCUGGCUAUGCUGCUGCCUCUGGCUAUGCCGCUUCCUAUGGUGCUGCUGCUUCCUCCACUUCCCCCGCUCUUCCCCCUUACCCUACAUCUCCAGUUUACGUUGCUCCCUUCACUGCUCCCCAGAAAUACGACGAUAUGUGCCUUACCCGCAUCAAGAUCAAAUACGUCUACGCUUAA